AACCAUAAAUUAUCCUUGAGUGAGUGAGUGAGUGGAAGGGAGGGCGGCAGGCUGAAGCAAGCAAACUAAUUUUCGCCGAAGAAACAGACAGUCGUGCCAGAGCUGGAGCUGCGGUUGGUUCACCUCUCUGACGCUAGUGGGUCCAUCAGCAAAGAACAGUGUGCUUUCAUUUGUCGGCUCUCCUGGACCGAGCAGGACCAGACACCUGGCUUUCUGGGGGGUUUUUUUUCGGAUAAGGGGCUGCAAACACACGCACCUGCACUUCUCCAGAGCCGCGACAGCUCAAGGUGAAUGCCGUCAUGCCAUUUGGGUGCCUUGCCCUGCGAGAUGGGCGAAUUUACGACAGCAUAUCUGAUGUCACAGACAAAUAUGAAUUUGGACAAAUCCUUCGAGCGAAGGAGUUCUGCGAGCUCUGCCUGGCCAAGGACAGACAGACAGACAAGGUGUUCGUCUGCAAGAAAUUCCUCAAGAAAGAUGGCAGGAAAGUCCGCAAGGCUGCCAAGAACGAAAUCAUGAUCCUGAAAUUGGUCACUCAUCCAAACAUCCUUCAGCUGAUAGACACCUUUGAGACACGGAAAGAAUACUUCAUCAUCCAGGAACUUGCCACAGGAGGAGAUGUAUUCGAUUGGAUUCUGGACCAAGGGAAUUACACGGAGAGAGAUGCUUCCAACGUCAUCAGACAAGUGCUCGAGGCUGUGGCAUACUUACACUCCCUCAACAUUGUUCACAGGAACCUGAAGCUGGAAAACCUGAUGUACUACACGGAAAACAACCAUAACAAAGUCGUUCUGCGAGAUUUCUACCUGUCUAGAUUUGAGAAUGGGGCCCUCACAGAUCCAUGUGGAACACCAGAAUACCUGGCUCCUGAAGUGGUGGCUCGUCACCGAUAUGGUCGACCUGUGGACUGCUGGGCUGUGGGUGUGAUCAUGUACAUACUCUUAUCCGGUAAUCCUCCUUUUUAUGAUGAAACAGAGGAAGAGAACACUGAUCUGCAUAACCGCAUCAUCUUUUGUCGCAUAGUUGCUGGGGACUUUGAGUUUGAUUCUCCGUAUUGGGAUGACAUUUCACCUGCAGCUAAGGAGCUUGUAUGCCGGCUUAUGGAAGUGGACCAGAUGCUUAGAAUCACAGCACAAGAUGCCCUUUGGCAUGAAUGGAUUGCAGGGAACGGUGCAUCAGAGAAGAACUUAAAGGAUGGUGUGUGUGCCCAGUUUGAGAAGAACUUCGCAAAGGCCAAAUGGCGGAAAGCGAUCCGUGUUACCACCUUCAUGCAGCGACUGAAGAAUUCGGAAGCACUGAUUGACCAUUCAGCUGAGGUUCAAGGCAGUGAAGAGGCAGGAAAUGGUGAAGGGGGUAUUUCCCAGAGUACAAGUGAUGAAGGAGAGAAAGGGACAAGUGAUAAAGGGGUGACAUCAAGUAGUUUGUCUUUAGAGGUUUCUGUUGAAAAUACAUCAACGGGAAAGAAUCAGAAUGAGGGCAUCAUUAAGGUAGGAGAAAAGCCAGAGGACAUAAAGCUGCCUGUGGGCCCAUCUGUAGGGACGUCCCCCUCAGAUAUUCAGGACCCUGUUGGCCAGUCAAAUUCAAUACCCACGCUUAUUCAGGAGGAACCUAACAAGGAUAGUGUAAAAAAAGGAACAGGUGAUGGAACCAGAAAACUUGCUGCCAAUUUGGGUCAAAAUAAAGUUGUUCCAGAGGCCAAACAGACCCCUGUGGUGUCCCCUGAAGCCUCAAAGCUAUUGGAAAGUUCUGCAGAUGCUAAUACUGUCAAAAAACAUACAUCCACUUCUCCUGACCCCAGCAGCAAACGUAAAAUGGCUGCAACACUUCAUGGCCCUCAGUCUACAGCACCUGUUAUUGCAUCAACCUCCCCAGAGAAGAGACCGGCCACACAAAGAGAUGAGACUGACGCAAGCUGGUGUCAGACGCAAGUGCCUGAAGAAGUGGCAGAGAAGUCAGUAGCCGGACAAGUAACUCCUACAAUGGGACCAGGGGUUGGAGUUGAUGUUGAAUUGGGAGAUAGGUUAAAAGGUGAUGUUAGUCCUGUCACUCGAAGGGAUAGGAAUUCCAAGAAAACAGACAGAUACAGUGCUGAGUUUAGCAUAGCCAGGACAGGGGCCACGCCAGGACAGGGUUGUUAUGCAGCAGGAAGCUCUGCUAGUUUAGGACGUCAUGUCACACCAUACAGCCCAGAAGCUAUGAGUGUGGGGAUGGGGAUGGCAGCAAGCUAUGGCAGUCCAUACAGUUCCAUGUACACAAGCGGAGGAGGGCUAGGGAUGUAUGGCACUGGUUUACACCACGCAGGAGGUGGUAGUAGUGCUACAAGUGAUUGGCAAAUGGACAGUGUGAUCGAGCAGAUAGAAAAGCAAAUGGCUGCUGUGCUCGAGAAGAUCGAGGGAGACAUGCCCUCGCUGCUUGAGCAAAUCAGUGACUGCCCUGCUGAGCAACGACGUGCAAGGAGCACGCACACGUCUCCUGCCACGUCCCGCGCACACCACCAACAAUACUCUUCAACUUCAAUCUCCACCACUCCUCCACCACUUCCAACUUCUCCAAGACCUGUCCUGCCAUCUCUCCCUCAUCUCGCCAUCCCUCCUCCUUCCUACCCCCCACCCUCACCACCCACACAAACCUCACCCCAGUCUGUCGGACAAGAAGACAAGGAUGGACAGAGGCUUGCUACUUAUUCCAGUCAAUCGCCCAGAGCUGGAAUGGGUCGAGGGCUAUGAGCCAGAAGUGCAUGAUGCAAUACACAAAUGCAAAGCACCUGGAGCACUGGAUUUAUAGUUUAAACUUGAGGGUUUAUUGACUCUGUCUUGUCUUGAAGUAUCAUCUACUUGGUACCUAGAAGAAAAAUAAUCAUAAUGUCUUGUUUGGUUGUGAAUUCUUCCCAAAUGACUGUUUAAAAGAAAAGCCAGUUAUGCCGAUGACAUGCUCUUUUGAUUGGAGUAAAGAGGGAGGAGAGUACAAUAUGUCUCUGUGGUUCAGCUACAAAAACUAAGAAUUAAAAAACGUGUUUAUUUCCCAGACUGUGUGCCUAACUGUCCACCACACAAUCAAAUCACUCUGAAAUAUCCAAGCACUUAGCAUAGUUUGUGAAAUAUCGGACUACACAACUAUAGCAGGUUAAGACUGGUUCAUUUUAUUUUCCCCUAUUAAAUGUAAAUACAUAUUAACAUUACUUCUUCAACAUUAUUUUGUUCCCAGGAUGUAAACUUUAUGUACAAACUGGCCUUUACUUUUUUUCUCUCUCAAAGCAGCUCAUAUUAUACUAUAUUUUAGAUUCCCUUUCUUUAUGUGCUGUAGCUCUUCAUCAUUUGUGAGGGUUGGAAUCACUGAUUUGUAAUGAAUCGUGUGAAACUGAACUGAUUAAGCUAUUCCACUGACUUCGAUAAAUUUAUAUUUGUUUCAUUAUAUGGUUUACCUGAAGUUGAACUGUCACUUAAAGUCUCCUCAGUUACAUCACACCUGUUGGAGUGCAGGGGGAAAUGAUUUCAGUGCAAGAUAUUGUAUAAACACCAACGUAAAAUAUCUCUUUUAAUUCCAAAGUUUUACACAAUCUAGCCCACAAAGUUUGUUUUCAUUUUUCUCGAGUUUUGUCGAUACACUUUCUUUGGUGGGCUGAUGUUACGUAAAAGGCCUCUGUAUAUUUGCUCCGCAGCAUAUGAAAAUAUCCCUCUCGAUUUCAUUCUGCUUUUUGAGUGUAUGUAACACGAGGUUCUGUGCUAUUCUCCCGAGCUAAAGCACCGUUUGUUCUGCCCCUAUGUA